UUUACUGCAGACAUAAAUUGGUUGCUUUGCAAAAUAUGCAGAAAUGUUGCGUAGUAAACGAAGGCUAGUUAGUUACCUUAGCAAUUUUUUCAGCAAAUAUCAUUUUGUGCUUCUCAUUAAACCGCGGAGUAACUUUAUUCACGAGCUUUCCCAUCCACAAAUGGAAACUGUUAAAAAGUUUUCGGUGGUUGACAACUCUAAGCUAUCUGAGAAACAACUUAAACAACAAAGUGAGACUUGUGUAGAAAAACCCAAAGCUACGCAGCAAAACCUUGCAACCACAUUGCCGAUCUACUAUAAAAUAUCACAGCCACAGAUGCAAAAUAAAUCGGACAAUUUGACCUCAGUGAGCCCAUUGAAAAAAGAAAUACACUAUUAUGUACCUCAGAUUCUGAUCGAUUUGAUACCAAAGUUAAGCAUCAAAACUAAAGAUGUAUUUUUACCUACUGUACAAAAGUGGAACAGUAGUUUGUCUAAAAGUAUUUCAAAAAAUUCUAUUGUAUCAAGAACGAGGCAUAUUUUGAAUAGUAUUGUCACUGCUGAAUCAAAUUCUUCCAGGUGGAAAAGAAUAGAGGAUCUGUUACAGCUUAUUGAUCAGUUUCCUGAAGCUAAACAUCAGGCUGUAAAAGACGGUGCUGUCAGUAUUUUACUUCAAACUCGAAAAGUGACCAAAGAUGAAAAUAUCCAAGAAUCUCUUCGAGAAGCACUUGCUGUACUAGGCUACAUAGACCCUUUACCUGCUCGUGGUAUAAGAAUUCUGGCUAUUGAUGGUGGCGGUAUUCGUGGUGUUGUAGUUAUAGAAAUGUUGAAAAAGUUAGAACAACUGACAGGCAAAAAAAUACAUAAAAUUUUUGACUAUGUUUGUGGAGUUAGCACAGGUGCCAUUUUAUCAGCUGUACUGGGAAGCCACCAAAGGAAAUCACUAGAUGAAAUUUCAGAACUGUAUAAAGAAUUAAGUGCAAAAAUAUUCACGCAGAGCACAUUACGAGGUACCAGUAACCUAGUAUGGAGCCACGCAUAUUAUAAUACGGAGUUGUGGGAACAAAUGUUGCAGGAAAAUUUGGGCAUAAAAAAUUUAAUUAAAACCACACGGGACCCGAAUACACCAAAAUUCUCAGCUGUUUCUGCUAUAGUCAAUCACGAAAGGGUGAUGGCAUACGUCUUCAGAAACUACUCAAUACCAAUUGGUAUAGAAAGUCAGUAUGCAGGAUCCUACAAACAUAAGUUGUGGGAAGCAGUUAGAGCGUCUGCUGCAGCUCCUAGUUAUUUUGAAGAAUUCAAAUGUGGAAAUUUUCUUCACCAGGAUGGAGGAAUUAUGGUCAAUAAUCCAUGUGCUCUUGCUAUACAUGAAGCUAAACAACUAUGGCCCAAUAGACCAAUACAGUGUGUAAUCUCUUUUGGUACUGGAAGAAUUCCAUAUAUUUCUGGUGUUUGUAAAAAAGAAAAAAGAGAAGCUACAACAUCUAGUUGGAAAGAAAAGUUUUAUAAGAUUCUUGACAGUGCAACAGAUACAGAAUCUGUGCACAUAAUGCUGAAUGAUUUACUUCCAGACAACGUAUAUUUCCGAUUCAAUCCAUAUUUAACUGAAAUGCUUACCAUGGUAGAAAUACGGCCAGAAAAAAUUUCUCAACUGGAGCAAGAUGCUGCUAUGUACAUUCGUAGAAACGAAGAAAAAUUUCAACAGGCAGCAAAAGUACUUUUGUUAAAGAAGACAUCCAUACAAAAGAUUAUUGAUUGGUUUAAGUUGCAAAAACAUAUUUUUGGCAUUUAA